CUAGACCGGUUAAAAACUCCCAAAAAGCAACCGAAGCCUCGUUUAGAGCUGCGCAAUUAUUGAUGAAGAAAAACAAGGCAUUUACAGACGGGGAGGUUGUCAAAGAAGCAAUGAUGAUAAUUGCUAAAACUGUGCUUGAAGACGAGAAGUAUGGAACCAAUGUACUCUCCAGUCUCUCUGAUGUUCAACUCGGGGCAACUACAAUGGUAAGAAGAGUGUCUGCGAUGUCUGGGAACUUGACCGACCAGCUGGACCGUGGUCUGGCGAGGUGCCGGUGGUUCAGCAUCCAGUGUGACGAGUCGGUGGACCGCAGCAGUACGGCGCAGCUGAUGGUCUUUAUCCGGAUGGUGUUUGAUGAUUUCUCCACAAAAGAAGAACUUCUGACACUACUGCCCCUGAAGACAAAUACGAGGGGAGUUGACAUUUAUAACGCAGUGAAGGAGUUUUUGGUGGAAAAAAAGGUGCCGCUGGAAAAGCUGGGAUCAGUGACUACGGAUGGGGCUUCUGCUAUCAUCGGCCGACACACAGGAUUCGUUACUCACUGUAAAGCAGACCCAGAGUUCACAAACUUUCUGCAGUACCACUGCAUCAUACACCAGCAGGCCUUAUGUGAAAAAGUGAUCUGCUUUGAGCACGCAAUGACUCCCGUCGUAAAGAUCAUAAACAGCAUCCGCUCCAGAGCUAAACAGCACAGAACAUCCAAGGUACUUUUGGAGGAGCUGUCAGCUGAAUAUGGUGACCUGCUACUACACACAGAAAUCCCAUGGCUCAGCGGGGGACGAAUUUUGCAACGUUUUUUGUCACUUUUGGGUGAAAUCAAAGAGUUCAUGCAGUCCAGAGGUGAGGACACCGUGCUGGUGGAGGACACUGAGUGGAUUCUUGACCUUGCAUUUUUAACGGACAUUACUGGAAAACUGAACAGUUUGAACUGUGAGCUGCAAGGCAAAGAGAAAAAAAGUGCUGCACUUUCCCUCUGUGCAGAUGGUGCUGAAAGACAAUGCUUCUGCAUCUAAGGCUUUUGACAAAGUUGCAGAAAAGUACUCUCAGGUCAUAAACAGAGUUGAGCAAGAGUUUGAGAACAGGUUUUGUGACCUGGAUCAGCUUGAGCCAUGUGUGUCGUUCAUUUGUAAUCCUUUCAUGAACGUGGACAUAUCAUGCAUUGCUGAGCAGUUAAGUGCGACAUUCAGCCUGGAUGCUGAACAGGUGGAGAUGGAAAUUGUAAAACUGCAAAAUGACCUCCACCUCAAAGCCCACCAGGCUGCACCAAACUUUUGGUGCCUUGUUGACACAGAAAAGUACAGUGGUGUAUGCGCAGCAGCUAUGAAGGUUGCAAGCCUGUUUGGUUCAACUUAUCUUUGUGAAUCAGCCUUUUCUGACAUGAACUUCAUCAAGAACAAACACAGAACUUGCCUCACUGAUGCACAUCUGCAAGACUCACUCAGAAUUGCAGUGUCAAGUUACACACCAGAGUACAACACACUAGUUAACAGCAUGCAAUGCCAGGCUUCCCACUAACUGACAAAGAAACAGAUAACAGAUUUGGUGUCCAGUUCAAAGUGUGGCAUGAUUUAUUUAAAAAUUAAAGAGUUGACCUUUGUGUUUUACAUGAGUUAUUAUUUGUACAAACAUGGUGCAAAGUAAUUCAUGAUUUGUUAAAAAAUGUCAGUGGCUAGCUAGUUAAAAUGGGAUAUUGUGAUUUCACAAGACUGUCUAAGAAGUGAUCAUUUGAAAAUGUUCAAUUUGAAAAAUGUGCACUUAGAGAAAAUAUAAAAAUAAAGUGUUGCAUAUUGAUAUUUAUCUGUUUCUAUAUAUAUUUAUUGUGAGAAAUCAUUAAGAUGAUCAGUGUUUCCACAAAGAUAAAUAUCAUUAAUUAUUAAUAAUAACAUAGAGUUAAAGGUAAAUUGAGCAAAUUGGCUAUUUCUGGCAAUUUAUUUAAGUGUGUAUCAAACUGGUAGCCCUUCGCGUUAAUCAGUACCCAAGAAGUAGCCCUUGGGUUCAAAAAGGUUGGUGACCCCUGCUUUAGGUUGUUGUGUCCGGAAUGACAUGCUCCCUUCUGACAACUU